CUUAACGGUCUAUAUUUCUUUAGCGGAGGGAUCUAUUAAUUUUCCUCAGAGUAAAACAGCGGAAAACAGUCCAUCUGCUCAACGAUGUUGGCCCCAAAAACAUCACAACUUUGGCGCAGAGCUUGACAAAUGUAAUGGAAAGCGAAACACAGAUUUCUGAAAAGGAAACACCGCCUCAACGCUGGAGAAGUUGUAAAUUGGUAAUUGACCCCGCACUGACAAUAGGAUUAUACAAAGUGUACCGAUUUGAUGGAGAGCGAUUUAGCAUACCCGUUGAUGAUUUGGGUCUGUCCGCUGUAGAAGAUGUUAGAGAUCCUCGCAUAUGCCGCUUAUGGAGCAGAAGUCAUAAGAUCAACCUUUUACGUCCCAAAUUUAAAGUUGAUGAAUACUAUGUAGGUCCUGUUCCUCCCAAAGAAGUAACUUUUGCCAGGCUGAAUGACAACGUGAAGGAGGCAUUUUUGUUAAACAUGUGUGAAAAAUUUGGACAAGUGGAGGAAGUUGAAGUCUUCUAUAACCCCAACAAUAAAAAGCACUUAGGAGUUGCCAAAGUUGUAUUUGAGACUGUGAAGGCUGCAAAAGAUGCUGUUGAAGACCUCAAUGAGACAUCAGUGAUGGGAAAUAUUAUACAUGUGGAAAUUGACACAAAGGGUGAGCAACGGGCGCGUUACAUUCAACUCCUAAUUCAUGGCCUCUAUACACCUUGGACUCUACCAGUUGGUAGCAGUGAGCAAGGCCUUCAAAGUCUCAUUGACAACCUGUUGCAGAGUGGCAGUGUGCCGCGCAGGGGGAGCGUGUCCAGCCCCUCCAGUGUCAGCUCUCCUCUCUCUCAGGACACAGGGUAUUCCAGUGUGUGGCUGGACACACCCUGCAGCUUUGGGGUCACACCUCGAUCUUUUGGAACCCCUCGAACUCCAUGUUUACCUUUAACCCCUCUAUCACAGGAUUCAUGUUACUCUAGUCUGCAGGCAACUCCAGUUCUUCAGGGGGACUGUUCUUCUAACAUUCACAAACCCAUGAGACAGGAACUACAUCGAAAGCUCACACAUUUUCACAGAGGCCUCAGAGAAGCUACACAUUUAAAACGCUGGCCAUCCCUGUCUCAACUUAAACUACUUGCUCAAAGGGAAAAAAGGUCUGACCACAACAGUGAUGUGACCACAAGUAAAACCUUGAACUGCAACUCUCUCAGCAUCAAUACUAGAGACAACAGAGCAACAGCAGUGCCUUCUUUUAUUCAAGAUAAUUCCAGCAUAAUAAAUUCACCUUCUCCGGCUGUAUAUUCCCCCCUCCCCAAACAGUGGAGUUUGGACUCCCGCAUUGAAAGUUUGUUGACAAACAAUCAGCUCGCAGCCCCUUUGUUGUUUGAUGAAAAAUCCUCAGAAGGAGAUCGUUUGCAUGAGAGCCCAGUGUCUCCGUGUGCCGCUCAUAACUCUUCAGAUGAAGCAUGUGGUUCUCCAGAUUUGCUCCAUGACCUUGAGGAUGUCAGUGGGAAAUCUUUUACUGAGAGUGAAGAAGAUGAAACAGCUCAAGCAGUUUCUUUUCUCAUGAAGAAUUCACUGUCCCCAAACGUGAAUGGUGAAGGCGCACAGCAGACAACAUCUCAGAAAAGCAGACGGAGACAUGCCCGACAAUAUGUGCUGGACAGUGACGAAGACAGUGUCCAAGAGGAGAGCGUUAACGGUGCUAAAACAAAUGAUCAUGACAAAGAUAUGUCUGACAAAGUCACAACAAAUGUGCCAGUCGAGGAGAACAUUCAGAGAUUGUAUGAGAAAAAAUCCAAAGACAUCUGUGUGAGCUCUGAAAGGGAAAAGACUGAGAAUGACAUUGAUUUAACUUCCCAAACAUGUGCAGUGGUGAUAUCCUCUGAUCAUGAUACAUUUUCAGACGACAGCACUUCAGAAGAGAGUGAGUCCUCUUCAGACUUUGACUCGUCUGACAGCUCUGAUUCUGAGUCUGACCUGAGCACUAACGACAUGGAUGAGGAUGAAAGAACAGAUGAGUGCAUUGUGAUCUCAUCUGAUGAAAAUGAAGAAGAUGAAGAGUCCACAGAGCUCGAAAUCCCUGAAACGCCCCAAGCUCCACACACCCCACAGACGCCCGGGGCAGUGGUGGACUUGGAUCUGCCACACUGGUUAGAGCCUUUUCAGACAGAAGUGUAUAAUGAUGACAAUGAAAAAACUCCCAGUCCACAAGAUACAAGUGAUGCAGCUGUGAGGAUGGACCUUCAAAUGGCGAGAUCCUUGGAGAUUCAAAUACCAUCUCCUUUACCAAUCAUAGAGCCAAAUCCUGAUGUAGAGAUGUUAAGCCCUGAAUGGAUUGAUACUUCUCCCGAAGUCAUGAGACCUCCCACUCCUACUGGAUAUUUGGCAGACAGUGACCUUGACCUUUUGAGAAGCAAGCCCACAUCUCCUGUUGAGGAGGAAGUGGAGCGCCCAAGGACUCCAGGCCGGGGAAUUCUGUCCGAACUUGGGAGCGAUGAAUCAGAUGUCAAUGAUAACCAUGUUCUUUUUCCAUAUACUUGUGCACCAGCUCCACCUGAAGUGCACAUUCCCCACUCAUUUUAUCAGGAUGCCCCAGUAAUUCCGGGUGUAGAGGAAAGAUGUGAGUUUUAUCAAUACUGCUCUAUCAAAGCUCCAGCAACUCCAGGGAAGGAUAUGUUAGAUGGUGGUUCGCCAGUGACCAGUCCUCUUCGUCUGUGCAAUAACGCAUACAUGAGAAUACCAAAGACUCCAGGAAGAGACAUCAUCUUACCAAGAAGGUCCAUAGUGUAUCAGAGAAAAACUCAGACCACUAACCCAAUGCUUGUUGGUUGCUUUCCCUACUCAUUAUCACCUUCCUCCAGCAUUUCUGACUCUUGGUCCGAUUCGGCAGAGGACUUUACCAGCCGUAGCCGGUCAAAAGUUAGAGCAAAACCCUUACAGGGGCUUGAAAAUGUGCCUGACCUUUUGGAUGGCGAGAAUUGCAGAGGAGUAAAGCGGUCCUUGCUACGCCAAAAGGAGUUAAAGAAAAGAAAAUGGAGAGUCCAGCAGUGGCAGAAGUCUUUAAAGAGAUUCACUGGUGUAAAGCCGGUGUCAGUGGAGGCUCACAGGUGCCGCACACAUUGUGAGGAGAGGAGGAUCCUUCAUAGUGUUUGGAAAGAGGGACUGGAUGAAGAAGAUGCAAAGCUGCUCAGAUGCACUUAUGAAAGGCUUCAAGAGCAAGAUAAUGGCCUAGGGUGGCUCAGUGACACACUUUGGAUUCCUCAUUCUUAUAUCCUUUACAUGUCACAACUUAAGAUGGCUUGUUAUUUGUAUGAUAAUCAUUUCAGCUGUAUUUUAUACAUCCUUAACUGUCAUUUACUGACCAAAGUUCUUCCAGAAGCCUCAGAUGGCUAUAGGUCCCAGUGCUUGUACCAUAGGACUGGCUCUGCCCGCAGUGAAGGCUACUACAAAAUCAGCAAGAGAGAGAAAAUGAAAUAUCUCAAUUUAAAACCAGCAAGUCCCUCAAGCAGCACACAGGGUGCCUGUGUCCAAGUUCAAUUACCCACACUGCUGCGUGCCACUUCAGACUUUAGGUUUGAGCAACGACGUCUGUUGUCUAACAUCAACGCUGACAGUGACCUGGUUACGUUCAACCAGCUCAAGUUUCGAAAAAAGAGGAUUCGUUUCAGUCGGAGUCACAUCCAUGAAUGGGGCUUGUUUGCCAUGGAGCCUAUAGCAGCAGAUGAGAUGGUGAUUGAGUAUGUAGGCGAGGUUAUCAGACAGGUGAUCGCUGACAUGCGGGAGCAGCGAUACGAAGAGGAGGGAAUUGGAAGCAGCUAUUUAUUUCGAGUGGAUCAGGACACCAUUAUAGAUGCAACUAAAUGUGGAAAUUUGGCCAGAUUUAUCAACCACAGCUGCAAUCCAAACUGCUAUGCAAAGAUCAUUACAGUGGACUCCCAGAAGAAGAUUGUCAUUUACUCCAGACAACAAAUCAACAUAAAUGAAGAGAUUACAUAUGACUACAAAUUCCCAAUUGAGGAGACAAAAAUACCUUGUUUAUGUGGAGCAGAUACAUGCAAAGGGUCAUUGAACUAAAUACCAAAAUACUCUUUGUAACCAGAUUAUAAAGUAACGUCAUCAAGAUUCUUGUGAUAAUGCUAAGAAU